GUCGAGUGGAGACUGGAGAGUGCCCUUCCCAGUCUCUGUUAUUCAUAGUCGUGGAGGUUGGUUGGUGAGGCAUAGAAAUAUACAAGUUUUGUUUGGUUACUGGGAAAAUGGUGGCGGCGAAGCUAACAUACGAGGAAUGCCGUCGCAAGCGAUUAGAGGAGAACAAUAAAAGGCUUCAAGCCCUCAACCUUCCCCUCCUUUCUCAAGCUCUCCGAGAAUCUCUCACCCCGAAGUCUUCCCCGGCGAAGAACUCUAAACCACGCAGAGUUCGCGAGCAACAGGUCCCACUGAGAAGGUCCAGUCGCGUUGCAAACAAGGCUUACCAGGCUCAAAAGGAAAUUUCUGAACCAGUGGUGAUACCUGCAGUGGUGACCCCUAAAGUGGUGAUACCUAGAGUGGUGGUAUCUGAAAGGAUUUAUUCUAAGGGAAGGGAUUUGUCCAACCGAGUAUAUGCUUCGGAGGAAGCUAGAACAUGCGCCAUGGAGAGAGCUGAAGAAUUGCAGGCUAGUCUAGAACCCCAGUAUCCUAGCUUCUUGAAGUCAAUGCUCCAAUCACAUGUCACUGGUGGAUUCUGGCUGGGCCUUCCUGUGCACUUUUGCAAGACGACCCUUCCAAAAUCCGAUGUGAUAAUGAAUCUGGUAGAUGAAGAGGGUGAUGAGUAUCCGACAGUAUUCUUGGCCCGGAAAUCUGGACUUAGCGGUGGAUGGAAAAGAUUUUCUGUUGCUCAUAAAUUAGUAGAUGGGGAUGCAUUGGUUUUCCAAUUAAUCAGGCCUACAAAAUUCAAGGUGUACAUUGUAAGAGUAAGUAGUUUUGAAGAGGGAAACAAGUGCUAAAUCUUACACAAGUGAAUGUUAGUCAAUUCAGAUAGCAAGUUGGCAGUAGAGAGACGGGUGAUUUUGUCCUGAGUUUCGUAUAAAAAUGCAUUCUUAUUCUUAGAAAUGCCAAACAUAUCAAUAUUAGGUUCUAGCACAACUUUUUUUCCCCUUUCAUUUCCUCUAUUUUUGUAAAUCCACUGUAGUUCCUUGCCAUGAGGCAAUCCUAUUUCUUCCAGCUUGUGAAUUUAUAGGAUCCCAAUGGGCAUUUAUGUUUGUUGCUUUCUCGCUUUGAAGACAGCUUAAUGCAUCUUGUUUGAAGAUUGAUAGACCACCAGGUCUAGUUUGAGGUGAUGUUUCAGCCUCGUGCCUAGCAAUCAAUAUCCGGCAGGGUCAGGACCUUAGUUGGAGCCUUGUCCAGAAUCCAGCAUCCCCAAAAUCUGAGCCAAUCAGGAUCAUAAACUGUAUUGCAUUUCCCCAAAGUACAAAGAUAAUUAGCUGCAAUUAUCAUAUUUAUUAUAUUUUAUUGUAUCA